UCAAGCGUGAAUAUGAAAGUCACCCUUUAAAUACAACUCCUUAGCUGCGCCUGGCUCAUCACCAUCAUCAUCAUCAAUCAAUCAUCAAAGCGAAGAAAUGUCAGAAAAGAAGGAACGUCGAAUUCUGGUGGCCGUCGACGAAGGAGAGGAGAGUAUGCACGCUCUCUCAUGGUGCCUCAACAAUCUGGUCCACCCAAACUCCGAUGAUACUCUCAUUCUGCUCUACUGCAAGGCACCUCGUCCUGUUUACACCGCCUUAGAUGGCGCCGGCGGAUAUUUGUUCUCUGCUGAUGUAUCGGCGGCCAUGGAGAGGUACAGCGACCAAGUGGCGGAUAGCGUGAUGGAGAAAGCAAAGAAGCUUUGUGCAAAUGCGCAGCAGCAGCAGGUGAAGGUGGAGACGAGGGUGGAGAAUGGGGACGCGAGGGACGCGAUCUGCGAGGCGGCGGAGAAGCUGGGGGCGGACGUGCUGGUGAUGGGAAGCCAUGGCUAUGGCGUCAUAAAGAGGGCCUUCCUUGGGAGUGUGAGCAACCACUGCGCUCAGAAAGCCAAGUGCCCUGUUCUCAUCGUCAAGAAGCCCAAAUCAUAAAUUCCUCCCUUCUUUCUUUCACUCCCUUGUAAAUUUCCAGUGCUGUAUUUGUAUACCUUGUAAAUUAAUAAAUCAGAUAAUUAAAAAAAGCUCUUUUUUUUCUUUCGCCAGCUGAAAAAAGCUCAUGUACGUUGCUACUUUUCUGCGGUAGUAUUUAUAAGGCAUUAUCA